AUGGCACGUGCAUAUUUCUUCUUCUACGCUCUGGCAAUGCCAAUGCAAAUCUUUCCAACCUGUUACUACGCAACUGAUGUUGUCCUUUGGUUUGGCAAACUGCACUAUGCGGCCUUUAGUUGCAACUGGGUGACGCAGUCGCGCAGCUUCAAGCGCAAGAUGAUGCUGUUUGUGGAGCGCUCGUUGAAGAACGUUCAAGCUGUGGCAGGUGGCAUGAUUCCCAUACACGUGGACGCCUUUUUUGUCGAGCUCUUCAGCCAAGCUACUGUAACAGAUAAAAUCAGAAAUAUAACCAGCUUUAUUGGCACCUUGGCGUGCUCGCUAAAAAUUCUCAUCUUCUCGUACAAUCUGCAGAAGGUUCGACACAUGGAGCAUUUGUUGGAAUUAUUGGACUCACGCAUCAAAGGAUCGGCGCAACUGAGCAUUUAUAAUCAGCUCAGUAGGCAGCUGAGAAAUAUAAUCUAUGUAUUCAUAUGCAUGUAUUUGCCUGUGGGCAUUUCUUCAGAAAUGUCCUUUAUAUUUCAAGAGGAACGCAAGCUUUUGUACCCCGGCUGGUUUCCUUACGAUUGGCACAACUCGACGCUCAAUUUUAAUUUAACAAAUAUUUAUCAAUUUGCUGCAAUGACUUUUGCAAUACUAGAAAGUUAUGUGAAUGACUCUAUUCCCGCUGUUAUGCUAUGCCUUAUAUCAGCGCAUACCAAAAUGCUGUAUAAGCGCAUUGCAGAUAUUGGCACGACUUUGAAAUCCGAUACAGAGUUGGAGCAGCAACUGGCGGAAACUGAACUGGAAGCCUGCAUUACAGAUCACAAACAUUUGCUGGAAUUGUUUCAAACGGUUGAGUCCUUUAUAUCCUGGCCAAUGUUCAUACAGUUUGUAGCAUCAGCUCUCAAUAUUUGCAUUAGCAUUGCUGCAUUGCUCUUUUUCGUCACAGAGCCAAUGGCACGUGCAUAUUUCUUCUUCUACGCUCUGGCAAUGCCAAUGCAAAUCUUUCUCACCUGUUACUAUGGAACGGACUCUGUACUUUGGUUUGGCAAACUGCCGUAUGCGGCCUUUAGUUGCAAUUGGGUGACGCAGUCGCGCAGCUUCAAGCGCAAGCUGAUGCUGUUUGUGGAGCGCUCGUUGAAGAACAGUGAGCUGUUGCAGGGUGGCAUGAGUCAUACACGUGACGCUUUUUUGGUACAGUGA